AUGUCCCAGCAGUCAGGAAUAUUGCAGCAGGGAGCUACCGAGGAACGAGGAGAAAAUGCUCGCAUGGCGUCCUUCGUUGGUGCAGUCGCUGUUGCAGACUUAGUCAAAUCGACGCUGGGGCCGAAAGGCAUGGAUAAAAUUCUUCAGAGCAUGGGUCGGGGACAGGAGGUUACCAUUACUAACGAUGGCGCCACUAUCCUGAAGUCAAUAUACGUGGACAACCCAGCUGCUAAGGUUCUUGUGGACAUUAGCAAGGUGCAGGACGAUGAGGUGGGCGAUGGCACGACGAGCGUGGUCGUCUUCGCGGGCGAGCUCCUGCGGGAGGCUGAGCAGCUUGUAAACCAGAAGGUGCAUCCGAUGACUAUCAUUGCUGGGUAUCGGGAGGCCUGCGAUUGCGCUCGUUCGGUGCUUGAGUCAAUCUCCUUUAACCACCAAGCGGACCCGGUUCUCUUCCGUGCGGACUUGCUCAACAUUGCAAAGACCACACUCAGUUCGAAAAUCCUCACAGUGGAUAAGGAGCACUUCGCGAACUUGGCCGUCGACGCAAUCCUUCGUUUAAAGGGCAGCGGUAACCUCGAGGCUAUCCAUGUCAUUAAGAAAACGGGCGGCACUUUGCAAGAGUCUUUCCUGGACGAGGGCUUCAUCUUGGACAAGAAGAUUGGCGUUGGGCAGCCCAAGCGCAUCGAGGAUGCGCGCAUCCUGGUGGCCAACACGCCAAUGGACACGGACAAGAUUAAAAUCUAUGGCGCUCGGGUGCGCGUAGACAGCAUGGCCAAGGUGGCGGACAUCGAAGCCGCAGAGAAGGAGAAGAUGCGUGCGAAAGUCCGGAAGAUCAUUGAUCACGGCAUCAACUGCUUCAUCAAUCGCCAGCUCAUCUACAACCUUCCCGAGGAGAUGUUCGCUGACGCAGGGGUGAUGGCCAUCGAGCACGCGGAUUUCGACGGCAUUGAGCGGCUGGCGCUGGUGUUGGGCGGGGAGAUUGUGUCCACCUUCGAUGACCCUGAAACUGUAAAGUUGGGCCGCUGCAAGAUGAUCGAGGAGAUAAUGAUCGGCGAGGACCGGCUGAUCCACUUCUCGGGGGUGGCGUUGGGAGAGGCUUGCACGAUUGUCCUCCGCGGCGCUUCCACCCACAUCCUGGAUGAAGCCGAGCGGUCCUUGCAUGAUGCACUCUGCGUCCUCAAGGAGACUGUUGCCGAUGCGCGCGUGGUGUUUGGAGGCGGCUGGCCUGAGAUCCGGAUGGCGAAGGCGGUGGAGGAGCUUGCAAGCCGGACGCCAGGCAAGAAGGCGAUGGCUAUGGAGGCGUUCGCCCGUGCUCUGCGCGCACUACCAACCACAAUUUGCGACAACGCUGGCUUGGACAGUGCGGAAAUUGUGGCAAACCUCAAGGCUGCCCACGGCGCUGACGCAGACAGCCGCAUGGGUGUUGACGUCGUCCGUGGGGAGGCCGGAGACAUGGCGGAAUUGGGCAUCUACGAGUCUUUCCGCGUGCGCCAGCAGGUGCUGCUAUCGGGGACGGAGGCUUCCGAGAUUAUCCUACGCGUGGACGACAUUAUCAAAUGUGCUCCCCGAAGGCGCGGUUAAAGGGAGCCAUAGUUGGUUGCUGCAUUCAUGGUCGCCUGGAGGCCACCAGGAGCAUGCGUGCAUAUGCUGCUUAGGCACCAUGAGCUGACUCUUGGCACCCGAGGUCAAUGAACGUGCGAAGGUAUUAACGAAUGAGGAAGCUGUUGGUAAUCUUGAGCCGCGUGCUCGAUGUCCUUAACGGGCAGGUUCGUGGGCAGCAUACACGCCAAUAAUCUUCGGGGAGGUUCCCCACAAACGUGGGCUCUCCCAACCGCGGUGGGGUUGGCGGAAGAUGCCGCCACAUGCCGAAUUGUUCACAGAGACUCAUUGUUCAAGUGGCAGCCGCAGCGUCGAUCGUCGGGACAGUAAUCGAAGUGAUGUGCCUCGGAGAUGUGGUUCUGUGUGUGUCUGGACGAAGAGCGUGAUGGCCCGGAUGAAAUUUCACAUACACACGUGCGUGGCAGGCAGGGGAUGUGCAAUUGUUUUUAUAACCGCGACAUGUGUUCCUGUGUAGCAAAGAUGACAGCGCGUGCAGUAGUUUUCAUUUUUAGUGCACGUCGCCACGUGCGGCCAAAGUCCGGCUUUCUGCAGGGUGCAUGUUUUGGACAUAAUCGUCUCUUUAGAUAUGCAGCUUCUUGUAAAGUGCACGUGCUUGCUGCUGCAGCACACAAUUGCCAA